CUCUAGGUGCUACUGUGUCCAUCAUGCACGUUCUUAGAUAGCACAAACAAACGUACUGGCUAGCCAGCAUACAAUUGGCUGGCAGCGCCGGUGCGGCUGCGAGGCUGCUGCACGCGUGCGUCUCGCUGCCCGCCCGCUGCUGUCUUUCGUUUAGAGCCAAGGCAGCAUUUGCUAGCCAUCAAUAGCUAGCUAGCCAUGCAGCAGCAGCAGCAAGAACACGACUAUUCACAGCAGCGGUCGGCCGCGGCGGGGCCAGCUUCCUCACCCAGGGCGUCGGCAACGCCCCAGCUUCUCCCGGUUCUCCGGCAGCACUUGCAGCCGCCCCCACAGCCACACCUGAUGCUGCCGCGCGCGCCGCCCGCCAUCCUGGUCCCGCGGUUCGGGGCGUCGCUGCUCCCGCAGAUGAGCAGCGCAGCCCGGUUCGCCUUUGGCGGUACCGGAGGCCGGGGCAGCGGCGGCGCCGCUGCGCCUCCGCCACCGGCGGCGCGCCCCACCGUAACGCCCCGGCAUCGGGCGGCAGCCGCCGUGCCGCCUCCGCCUCCGCCGCCACUGCCGCCGCCGCCGCCGCCACCGGCGGACGCCGUCGCUGCCACCAAUCUAACUGGCACGGGAUCUGGCACCACCGUCACAGACGACGGCGGCAGCGAACAACGACAGCAGCAUGCUCCGAGCGAUGCUGGCACGUACGGCCACGCUGGCUUUGACGGCGGCGGCGUCAGCAGUGCUGCGGUGACGAGCGCACGUGGCCGAGGACAAGCAGGAGCAGUAGCGGGGCGGCGGGUGGCUGCUGCUACAGCCGCCAUCGGCGGGCCCGCCCCGCCUUCCUUCACCGGUGCCGCCGCUGCCGCCAUUCCCACCAUCAGCAGCCGCCGCACCCCUGCUACUGCCGCUGCCGCCGCUACUGCCGCUACUGCCGCUACUGCCGCUACUGCCACUGCCGCUACUGCCGGCCCCCGCUGCGCUGAGUGCGGCCGGGCGGACAGCAGCAAGGGCAAAUGGCGGCCGCACCAGCUGCUGCCGCCCUCCAGCGGCGCCGUGGUGUGCAGCCGCUGCGUCACCUACUGGUGGCGCUACCACACCUACCCCUCGCUGGGUGGACCCGCGCUGGGCCGCAGCCUGGCGGCGGCGGCGCCCACCCUGAAGCGCAGCAAGGGGAGAAAGGAGCAGCAGCAGGGGAAGCAGAGGGGGAAGCAGGGGGGAGAGGCUGGGGAGCAGCAGGUGGGGAAGCAGCGGGGGAAGCAGCGCGGGAAACAGUGGGGGAAGAGCGGGGAGGCGGAGGUGGCGGAGGCAGAGGAGGAGGCAGAGGAGGAGGAGGCGGGCGCGGCGACGGAAGGGGCGGAAGAGGAGGCGGAUGCGGCGGGGGCAGGAGAGCAGGAGUCGGAGGCGCGGGCGGCGCGGGCUGCUGCGGGUGGCGGCAGCAUGGGGAAGCGGGGCCGGUCUGAAGAGUGGCAGCGCGAGAGCCGGCAGCAGCGCACGGCGUGCCACUGACGUGGUGAAGCCUAGUUGGGCUUGCGGUUGGGCUGUCGGUGCAGGAUGAUUGGGGGGGGGGGGAGGUACCCGGGCUAGUGGUGUGGUUUGGGGCGGGCCCGUAGGGCCCGCUCGUCGUGGCGAUGGCCUGGCAAGCGAU